UGGCCACGCUGCAUAGAAAUGUCAAAUUAAUGAAAUGGAAUUGAAAUAGUAAAAGGAAAAAAAUUCUCAGCGAAGAUUGUGGAAAUAUUGCGGAAAUGUUUGGUGAAGAAUUUUUUGCGAAGCUGCAAAUAAAAUAUCAGUGUAAACUACAAAAAGAUCUGUUUAAAAAAUUUCAAAUCAAUUAAAUGUGUUACCUUUAGCACUUUACAUUUAAAACAUAUCAAAAGUGCGUCAGAUAUUUGGUCGCGCGGUUGCAAUAGUCGUCUGAAAAAGGCAACGUGAAAAUCUAAAAUAAAACAUACAUAUGCUAAAAUGCCGUCAAGCGAAGUGGUGCAACAGUGAAAAUCAAAUCAAACAGCAAAUUCGAAAACAUAAAGAUCACGAGUAGUGACAGUAAAACACAACUCGCGUCGCGCACUCCAAUAAAAUUUGCAUUUCCAAAUUGAACCGAUAUUUAUUUCGUUAUAUUCCUUUCAAUAUUUGCGGUCAUACACGGUCAUACGUGCGAACGUGUUUUCCGGCGCUGGUACGCUGUUUUGGUGGACGCGCAACACGUAAAUUGUAUGCGAAAAUAUGGGUGGUUGCAUUGGCAUACACAGCACCGACAAUGAGACAGUCAGUGUAUCUUCAGCGAGUAUUUCUAGGCCAGCGACAGGCGCGGGCGGCGCCCAAAUGGGUCCAUCGCGUAAAAAUCGCCCACUGUGCAAUGAGACAAUACGUUGGCGUUCCGAUGUGCCAUUGACGGAGGGCCAACUGCGCUCGAAACGCGAUGAAUUCUGGGAUACUGCGCCGGCGUUCGAUGGUCGCAAAGAGAUUUGGGAUGCGCUACGGGCAGCCACAAAUGCGGCGGAAGAGCUAAAUUUCGAAAUGGCGCAGGCAAUACUUGACGGAGCGAAUAUAUCGGUGCCCAAUGGUUACCUCACAGAAUGUUACGAUGAACUCGGCACACAAUACAAAGUGCCAAUCUACUGUCUAUCGUAUCCAAUAAAUAUCGUUAAGGAGGAGAAUGGACGUGAUUCACCAGCGGAAUUCUCAGAGCCCGUCGACGGUGGCACUGAAGUAUUCCUAAAACUGCGAAUAUCGUCCACAAUGUCGGAUGUUAAAUUACCAGUAUAUUCAAAAGACACUGUGGGACAGUGCAAAAAGAAAUUGCAGGCUGUAGAAGGCAUCGACGCCUGCUGCCAACGUUGGUUCUACAGCGGUAAAUUACUCGGCGAUAAAGUGCCCAUAGACGAGUGCAACAUACAGAACGGUUAUGUUGUGCAGGUCAUUGUCAAUACGGAGCAUUAUAAUCACGACAAUAGCACAAUUAUACCGGUUGCGAGCUAGCCAAGUGUUAAUGCUAAUGUAAAAUGUAAAAAAAUAUUAGCAACGAUAAUAGCAACAGCAACGAUAAUGUCAAUGCGAGUGACAGAUACAACAACAACAACAAUAAUAAUAAUAAUAUUAGCAAUGGCAACAACAAAAACAACAAUGUCGCAAGCCACAACAGAUGUUCAAUGUAGCGACUGUGUUACAUUUGCAUACAUCGCAGCAAUUAUAUUUAUAAACAAUUUUAUUAUGAAUGAGACAAGCAAGCGACAUAAGCAACAGACAGAGGGACAAACGGACAGUGUUAUGUAUGUAAAUUUCAAUGCUUCGUGCUAGAAACGUGCUGUAUAUAGAGUUAUGCCAAACUGGCGCUCACGCGAAUAUGUAUAGGCGUGUACAUUGUUGUUGUUGUAUGUAGUAACAUGCAAAUCGAUUACGAUCGUUCGUAUAAAUGCAUUAAUUGUUAAUGAUAGUUUUCUUAUUUUAUUUGUACUAAUUUCAAUUAUAGCAUCACAAGAUUUCUUUUUUUCUAAGCGCUUUGAUUAUACAAUACAUGAGUACAUAUGUAAGAAUUAUUGCUGUUGCGAGAAUUGUGAAAAGAGAGAGACUUUUCGAAAUUGUGCUGCGACGCGUUGGCAUUUGUUUGUUCGUUGUUGUUGUUGUUGCCUGACUGUGCUUGCAACGCCUUCGAGCAACAGGCUGUGCAGCAGAUAUUACACACACACACACACACUUAUAUACAUACAUAUAUAUAUAUAUUAAAUAUAUUGAAUGAAUGAUUGAAAAUGUUUGAAAGUUAUGAGAAUAUGCUAAAUUUGAAAAAAAAAACAAAAACUAAAGAAUAAAGAAUAAAACCAAAGCUGAAAUUACUUAUUUGAAAUAGAAGAAAUGCGCUAAACUUUUAAAAUACAAUAAAAAAAACUAACAAUUUAUUUUUUCGAAAACAAUUAAAAAACUCAAAAAUCUUAGAAAAUCCUAUUACAAAGAAAGCUGUGCGUGCACAUGUACAUACAUAUGUAGUUGUAGCAUUUUCUACGACAUCAAUUGUGAGUAAUGCUUAGUUCGAAACUGAUGUGUAAAACACAAAUAAAAACAAAAACCGAAAAAUCUAAAAUAUGUACUAAGCAUUAGCAUUUCGAAAUUAAUAAACGAUUACACAAUAAAUAUUAGCUAAGACGUCACAGUAAGAGAAUAAAUAGAAAUUACAAAUAAAACAAUAAUGUGUACAGUAUACAAACAUAGCAAUAGUGUCUAUAUACAGAUAUAUUGUAUGGCAUACAAAAUGUAUGCGAAAUAAUAGUACUUUUUGUAAAUGUCAGCGUACUUCGAACGACACUUAACGAACAAAUAGCAAAAAUUUUUUUAAAUACAUUGACUUUGUGACAUGUGAACGUUUUCUUAAGACGAAGUUGGCAUAAGUUAAUGUCGAAUAUGGCAAUUAGAGUGCAUUUUAUGUACAAAAAAAUUGUUGUUCAGGAUUAUUUACGAGCUUUCCAAUUGAAAAUUGCUGAAAAAUGUUAUACGACAUUUUCGAAGUUAAGUUCGAAAAAGUUUUAUUGAAAUUUCAAUCAUUCAAGCGCUGAGGAACGAUACUUAUGUGCUUUCUAACUGCAAAUUGCUUAAAAUGGUUAUUCGAAAUUAAGUUCGAAAAUAAAUUUAUUGAAAUUUUGAUUUUUAAGCGCUGCAAAAUAGAAAUAUUGGAAAAAAAUUCGUAAAAAUUUCAUAAAUAACUUGUAAUUUUUGAUAAUUCCUCAAUUGUUCUGUAAUGCUAAAAAUUCUAUUCUUAUUUGUGUUUUUUUCGACCAAUAUGCAUCUUAGUAAAUUAAUUUUCAUUGCUGUAUUUUUAACCUGGCGGCAUCUUGGGAAAGUAAUUUAAUUUUUUCGAGGUUAUGUUCGAAAAAAAUCUUUUUGAAACUUACAAGUGCAGAAUAAUGAAAAUAACUUGUGAAAGGCGAAAAUUCCUCAAUUGGUUAAUUAGUUGACCAUAAUUGAACAAAAUUUAUAAUAUUCGAAGCUCUUGGUAGCGCUUAUGGACAAUUUCAGUGAGAGUAAAGAGAGCUUGUGCUUAGUAUAUGUUUCUUAAUUUGAAUUAAUAAUUUAAUAUUUGUAACUAGAAAGAAUAAAACAACAAAUUAUAUUUGGGAAAAUUCGGAAAUCUAAAGAUUCUAGAGUUGUAUUAUGUAUCUCUGUCAACUUUUGUUUCAUAAUCACAAAAAAAAAAAAAAAAUAAAAAAUCUUGUAAUAAAUAAUCGUCAUAUGAAUACAUACAUACAUAUGUUCAUAUGUAAAAGUCGUAAGUAACGGCAAUGAACGAGCAAAUACGGCAAACAAACAAAACGCAUAAGCACAAUUUUUGUUGUGAUUGCGAAUCAAUUAUCGCUCGCAUUCUAAAAUCCCAAUGUACCUUAAUUCCUAAUUUUUAACAGCUGUAGGCCCACAACAACACGCUUACAUAGAUACAUAUACAUACUUACAUACAUAUAUACAAUGAAAUAUGAGUAUAUAGUUAAAAAAAAUAUCGAAAAUAUAUGUGAAAAUAUAUGUGUAAGAUAGUGUAAGACAUACCUACAAGCUGCCGGAUUUUAUUUUUUAUUUAAUUAUGUAACGUCCAUGCGGCCUAACGGUAUGUAUUUACGUAAGUGUGUGUACAUACACAAACACAUAUACGAACGCCAUUACGCUUUCAAUUAGGUUUAAUUAAUUUAGUAUCUAUAUAUAUUUAAUGCUGUUAAUUUUUAAAAAUUAGUGUUAACAAGAGAUAUUACAUGGCAUUGUGGCGUUUAAAUCGGAAAUUUAACGGUACUCUGCGUAUAAAAAAAUUUUGUUUUUAUUUAAAUUUAUUUAUUUAACUACACGCUGUAAAAGUUUAUAUGUAGCUCAAGCAGUUUGCGCAAAGAAUGUCAUUCACCGACUUUUUGCACGAAAGCUGCAUCAGAAAAUGAAAAAAUGAGGUUAUGUGCAGUUAUGUAUAGUUUAAACGUAUAAGUUUUGUGCAGAAAGUUGACUAAGAUGACUACUAUGACUGUAUAUUUUACUUUUAACUCCAUUUAGACCUGCGUAUACUUCGAAAAGAGAUAAAACAUGAUUUUCGAAAUUUCGAAAAUGAAAAAAAUGUUUUUCGAAAUGAAAAAACAAUUUUUUUUUGUAAUAAAAUACGCUACAAAUCAGUUAUAAAUUUAAUGAAGAAGCUUCAAGCCGUGCACUGUUAUGCUAUUUUGCCACUAUUUGCUUGCAAUAAAACCUCAUUUAUGUCUGAGCGGAUCACUUACGGUAUCGAAACUGAUUUUGCGCACUCCCUCUCUCUCCCUCUCACUUUUUGAUAUGCACACUACAAAAGCAGCAAUUGCAUUUAGUGUCUUUUAACGCCCAAUUAAGCAUAUUUUUAACAAAAGAAACCUUAUUUAUUAGAAACAAUAACAACAACAACAUUAUUAUGUGUUGUGUAUGUACUGUUUUAAAUCAAGCUAAGUGUGUUUAUAACUAUUUAUUAAAGAAAAAAAAAACAAAAAAUUAAUAUGUUUGUAUGUAUUUUAAUUAUAGUGUUGCAAUUUAGUACAUAUUUAUUAAUUUUUAAUAUUUUCCCUCUGCUACACAAACACUUGCAUUCGCCAUUUAAGUGAGCAUUACAAAAUUUUGUGUAAAAUUGAAAAAAAAAACGAAAAGCAACAACAAAUUUGCGCAAAUUUAAUUUAUUCGUUCUGGAAUUAAGUAACAAACUAAUAGUAAUUGUAUUGAAGUUUUAUGAAACGAAUAAGAGCAUAUAAAGUUCAAUGCGUUUUAGAAUGCAUUUAUGAAGAGUAUAUUUUUAUUUAAAUAUAAAUUUGUUUAAUAUACUGAAAUAUACAAACAGAAAAAAAACCGUA